AUGUCGCAAUCCUCGUCUCAAAGUCCCGACAGCUGGAUAGGUACAUUCUGCAGCCUGGUCGGCCACGAAUAUUUUGCGGAAGUCAGUGAGGACUUUAUCGAAGAUGAUUUCAACCUGACGGGGUUACAAGCCCAAGUACCGAUGUACAAGGAUGCUUUGGAAAUGAUUCUCGAUGUUGAGCCGUCAGAUACGAAUUCCUCGGCUUUGUCGGAAGAAGAGGAGGAAGAGGAGGAAGAGGAAGAUGACGGCAUCUUGGGAGAUGAGUUGGACGACCCUCCCGCCAACCAAAAUGGGGCCACGAGACGACAAUCCGGUGUUUCUGCGGGGGGGAGACGGCACGGCCGUACUUCCUCUGAUGCCUCUGUCAUCGAGUCGUCUGCCGAACUCCUUUACGGACUGAUUCAUGCUCGAUAUAUCACUUCCCGACCCGGGAUUCAGCAAAUGAUGGAAAAGUAUGAAUUGUCCCACUUUGGUUUCUGUCCGAGGGUGUAUUGCGCCGGAGCCAAGGUCUUGCCAGUGGGGCUGACGGAUACUCCUGGUCAGCAAACCGUCAAACUCUUCUGUCCCAGCUGUCUGGAUGUUUACACACCUCCCAAUUCUCGAUUUCAGGCCGUCGACGGCGCAUUUUUCGGCACGACAUUUCCAUGUUUGUUCUUUAUGUCCUAUCCCGACCUCGACAUUGCUCCAUUGAAGAGGCGAGCUCCCCGGGACUCAACCAACCAAGGAAUCGAUGAUGUCGAAAGCACCCUGAGCCCCAAUGAGGCGAACACUUCGCGUGGUGGUAUGACUGUGAGCAGGAGCUCCAGCCUCACAUUACCGCAAGCUCCUGUUGUUCCGGGCGUAACACAAACCAAGGAUGAGAAGGCAUCUGGAACCGCCACGUCCCUUACUACAUUACCGCCGCAGCCGGCGACGAUCAAUGGAAUCGCAACGCACAACCUCGCACCAGGCCUGGGCAAAGGUAAAAUCUACGAACCCAAAAUCUACGGCUUCAGAGUUUCAGAGCGAGCCAAAAGUGGGCCGAGAAUGAAGUGGCUUCGAUCCAAGCCCCUUGACAUCAACGAACUCGAUGAGGCCAGGAUAUAUCAUGAAAGAUAUGGUGGGACCGUCGACGGUGACGAAGACCCCUCGAUCAGACCUGAGGAGAAUGAAGACGUGGAAGAAGGCGUAGACCCUGACGGUGAUGCUCUCAUGGCUAGUCAGAGUCAAGGUCAGAAUAACAACAGGGGCAAAUCGAAACGAGAGCCUGAUGCCGAUGGAGAAGCAUUGAUGCCCGGAAUCAAGGCGUGGAGAUUCCAGGACAGCAGCAUGAAGGUGGAAAUUGGAUAUGAUGCGACACGAUUGAGACGAGACGAUGAGGUAGAAUGA